GUGAUUGGCUACACAGUGACCACAGUUUCCUGUACCCUUAGCUGAAUUUGCUGUUGAACUUGUGUACAAUAAUGACCGCGUCUCGGGUCGUUUUAGGACUAGGAGGUCUCUCUGGAGCGCUUGGUGUAGCUGCUGGGGCGUACGGAGCUCAUGGCUUCAGACGAAGUGACAGAGACGACUACCUGAAAGAGCUGUAUGAAACUUCCAACAAGUACCACAUGUAUCACAGUCUUGCCUUGGUCGGCGCUGCUCACUGCCGGAAACCAGCCCUGGCUGGAGGUCUACUCAUGGCGGGCAUGGGGUGCUUCUGUGGAUCCCUGUACCACCAGGCUAUCACGGGCGACCCCGGCCUUCGCAGGGUGGCACCCAUCGGCGGCAUGCUUCUUAUCGUCGGUUGGGCCGCGAUGGCCCUUUGAACUGUGAACUUUAACGUUGACCUUCCAUCCCAGGGCUUCAAUAAAGAGCACAGGUCUCUUUUGGAAGGGCCCACUGGACUUAAGCACUGGCCUUUAAAAAAAUAAUAUAACCUUUCUUAUUUACAGUAGGUUCUCAAUAAGAUGUUUUUAGAUCAGUGCGUCUCAAACUCUUUCAAGACUGAGGACCAUUUUGUCCCAAUUUUUUUUUAUUUCCUUUUGGUCUUGCAAGUGCUAACAUUUGUAAGAACUGAACUUCCCACAAAGUUAGGAGUUGUUGCUGUCUUUGGGUGCUCGUCCAAUAAAAGUCAUCAGGUAGAGUAGAAAAAGCUGCACCCUCUUGCUUAUUAUCUGUACUGAAAUGUUUAAUGCACUGUGCCCAGGUUACACAACAUGCGUUUCGACCUGAAGUUGUCACUAAGGACCGACAGGACAUUUGGACACUGGUCACCGGAGAGUUAGGAGAAUGUGGAGUGUGUGUGGUCUUUUUUUACUCUGUCCACAAAAUGGUCACUUGUUGCACUCUAUUAGGUCCAAGUUCUAUUUUUUGUCUACUGCACCUACCCAGUCUAUUGUGCUUACCCAUGCCGUCAAGUCAAGUCACUUUAUUUUCUUUAUUUUUUAACAGCAUAUUUAAGAUGGCAACAGUUGACUCCAAAUCGCCUCAACAAAAUAAAUAAAAGGAAUAAAAAUGUCAAACAAUGGAGAUUUUUUUUUACAUA